UCCAAGACUGCGCAGACGCUGCUGACUCUGGAGAAUGUGGGGCGCACACAUGACGGGCAGACACAGCUGUUUGCAGAUGUCACCCUCACCAUCAAGAAGGGGCAAAGACUGGCGGUGGUGGGACCCAACGGCUGUGGAAAGACCUCGCUUCUUCGCGUCCUUGCAGGGGUGGAUGAGCCGGACUCCGGGGUGGUGAGGAAUCGGGGCAUCAAGAUCGGCUACCUACCACAGAUGCCGCAGCUGGAAGAGGGCCUUUCAGCCAUCGAUGCCGUGAUGGCCUCUGAAUCUCUCCUUGCGCGUUGCCUCCGCACAUACGACCAGGCGAUGACCAGCGGCAACAAGAAGGCAUGCAUGCAGCCUCCCUGCUCUUGGCCAUCCGCCAUAGCCCAGAUGGAUGCGCUGGGGGGCUGGGAAGCGAGGGAGAGGGCGCUGCAGAUGCUGGAGCAGGUGGGCGUGGCCGACAGCGCGCAGAGCGUGGGCAGCAUGAGCGGCGGGCAGCAGCGACGCAAACUUGGCAGGUCAGGCAUCCACAGUUCAGCUGCGCAGUCCCAUGCAAUUGUGCUUGGUUCGCGCGGAGCUACCCUAGUCCUUGUGAAGGGGGCCAUUAAAUGGAUGGAGGAGAGCUUCUGCGCGCGUGGGAUGUCACUGGUGGUGGUGACUCACGACCGUGCAUUCAUGGAGAGUGUGUGCACGUCCGUGCUGGAGAUGGAGGCGGGCGAGGUCCACCUGCACUCCUUCGGCGGUUCCGGCAGCUACGCGCGCUUCCGCGAGCUUCGGGAGGAGCGGCGGGCGGCCAAGGCGGCGGCGGCGGCGAGCGCGAAGAACGUGCUGCGCAAGGAGACGGAGUGGAUGCGUCGGCAGCCCAAGGCGCGCUCGGUCAAGGCGGCUGCGCGCGUGCGCCAGUUCUAUGAGCUCACGGCGGCCGCGCGCGAUGUGCCACAGGCCGAGACGCACGUUGCAUUCGAUGGCGGCGUCGGCAUGCGCCGGCAGGGGCGGAAGGUCUUGGAACUGAAGGGAGCAUCCUGCCAUGUGGGGGAGAAGGAGAUCAUCAGGGAUUUCUGGUACGAGUUCUUCCCGGGGGAGAGGCUGGGGGUUGUCGGCGCGAAUGGAGCCGGCAAGAGCAGCCUGCUGCGCAUGGUUGCCGGCCAGCUGUCGCUCAGCGCAGGUAAUAGAGACAUGGGGGAGACUACGCAGCUGGGCUUCUUCACUCAAGAGCCGCUGGACAUCCCUGAGACCAUGACCAUGAACGCCUACCUCAGAGACAUCGGCAGCCGGCAAGCGUCCCUGACAGGCAGUACAGAGGAGGACAUUUCGGAUACGCCGGUGCAUGUUCUGGAGCGAGUUGGGUUCCCACGCUCCAGGCACUACACGCAGGUAAAGUACUUGAGUGGAGGUGAGAAGAGGAGGCUGCAGCUGGCAGCUGUGCUCAUGGCCAAACCAAACCUGCUCAUCCUUGACGAGCCGACAAAUGACUUGGACCUGGCAACGGUGGAGAGUUUGGAGGGCUUUCUGGCGAGCUAUGGCGGCUGCCUGCUGGUGGCAUCCCACGACCGGGCCUUUAUGGAGGGCCUGGACCGCAUGUUUGUGCUGCGUGGCGACGGCGUCGUGCGCCUCUUUGAGGGCUCCUACUCGGAGGUGCGUCCACAUCUAACAUGA